AUGCCUGUCGUAAAAGGAGGUGUCUGGACGAAUAUCGAGGACGAAGUCCUCCGAGCGGCCGUCUCCAAGUAUGGACUCAACCAAUGGGCCCGUGUGUCCUCUCUUCUCGCCCGCAAGACCCCCAAGCAAUGCAAGGCGCGUUGGAUCGAAUGGCUGGACCCUGGUAUUCGGAAAGUUGAAUGGUCGCGAGAGGAGGAUGAAAAACUUCUACACCUGGCCAAGUUGAUGCCAACGCAAUGGCGCACGAUUGCUCCCAUCGUCGGACGUACGGCCACCCAGUGUCUUGAACGGUACCAGAAGCUUCUCGACGAAGCUGAAGCUCGUGAAAAUGACGAACUUGGCCUUGGAGGGCCGGAAGGUGGUGAAGCAGCAGCUCCCAGUGCGGACGAUGUCCGUCGGCUUCGUCCCGGAGAGUUGGACCCCGAUCCCGAGUCUAAGCCUGCACGCCCCGAUACGAUAGACCUCGAUGAAGAUGAGAAGGAGAUGCUCAGUGAAGCUCGCGCCCGUCUUGCCAAUACACAGGGUAAGAAGGCCAAGCGCAAAGCACGAGAGCGACAAUUGGAGGAGUCUCGUCGGUUGGCCGUCCUGCAGAAACGUCGUGAACUGAAACACGCCGGUAUCAAUGUCAAGGUUAAGACUCGCAAGCCCGGCGAGAUGGACUACAAUGCGGACAUUCCCUUUGAGAAGCCAGCAGCCCCCGGCUUCUACGAUACGGUUGAUGAACAGGUUCGAAAUGAGCGCCAACGAGAAACGUUCGACCCUCGGAAGCAACAACUGGCGAAUAAGCGGAAAGGCGAGGAGGACGAAGACGCCGAGCGCAAGAAGCGCAAGAACGAUAAAAACAGUAAUUCGGCAGCCUUCGCCGCUGCGGCACGUGCGGGCCAGAUGCAGAAAAUCCGUGAGGCAGAGCAGAGCAGCAAACGGAGAGGGUUGGUUCUUCCUGCCCCACAGGUCAGCGAGGGAGAGAUGGAGGAUAUUAUCAAAAUGGGUAUGGCCGGAGAUAAGGCCAGUCGGAUGAGUAACGAUGAAGAAACGACCCGGGGUCUUAUUGGAAACUAUGGCGCGAUUGUUGGAGGAACGCCGAUCCGCACACCUCGAGCAGCGCCGGAAGAAGAUCACAUUGCGAACGAGAUCAAGAACAUCCGAGCUCUCACGGAAACACAGUCAUCGCUUUUGGGAGGAGAGAAUACGCCCUUGCACGAAGGCCGAUCUUCGACUGGUUUCGAGGGCAUUGCACCUCGACGGCAAGACAUCGUGACCCCCAAUCCCAUGGCCACACCUUUCCGGCAGGCCAAUGGUGUCGGUGCCACCCCUAUGCAUGGCGGUAUUGGACCAGGAGCCACACCUCUGCGUACUCCUCGGGAUCAUUUCGCAUUGAACAGGGAAGAAGGGGGCGCUCAGCUCGUUGGAAGCACACCGAAAGAGAUUAGGAUGCAUGAAAAUUUAACCCGCCAGUCUAUCCGCAGCAAGCUGGCGUCAUUGCCGAAGCCCAAAGAGACUGAGUGGGAACUGGAAGAACUUCCAUCCGAAACCGCCGAGCCCUCUACGAGCGUAGAGAUGACAGAGGAGGAUGCGGCCGAGCGGGAUCGCCGAGAGCAGGAGGCCAGAGAGAGAGCUGCAAAGGCAGAAUUCAAGCGUCAAUCGCAAGUAUAUCAGCGAGGACUUCCUCGGCCCGUCGUGCUCGACCUGGGGGCGUUGGUGCAAACCGCUUCUCAUGCCAGCGACCCUAUUGAGGCUUUGAUUGCCAAGGAGGCGGCCCUCAUGAUUGCUCACGACUCGCGCAAGCACCCACUCCCCGGUGCUAAAAUUGAGGGCAAAGCACCAAAGCUGGACCGCCUUGAUGACCAUUUCUUGGAAGCCGCGCGGGCCGCUCUGGCUGCCGAAGUUGCUUUGGAUGAAGCCCAACGACAGCAGAAGGAAUGGCAAGAAACUUGCGACGAUGUUUGGUCAAGUACUCGGGCUCAAGCUCUGCCCGGUCUCGAUCGCUACGGUGAUGACGAGGAAGACAAUGCGUUCCAAGAAGAACAGCGCAUGAUCGCAGCAUUCGACGGCGUUCAGGCAUCCUUGCUGGCCACUGCAGAGAAGGGUAAUAAGCUCGAGAAGAAGUUGGCUUUACAUUACGGCGGUUACCAGAACCGUGCUAAAGCUCUCCGAGCUAAGAUUGUCGAGGCGGGCACGGCCCUUCCAAGAGCGCAAGAUGAGUUGGAUGCUUUCCGGACGUUACAGAUCUCAGAGGAAGCUGCUGUGACCCGGCGACUGGAGCGUUUGAGGGAAGCAGUGUCCUUUAUCAUGCGUCGGGAGCGUGAGGCUCAAGAACUCUACAAGAGUCGAAAGGAUGAGCUGGAUGAGCUCAUCGCUGGAACUGCUACAAUCAAUGGCUGGCACUGA